CUAUGCCAACCCUUUAGGGUGGAUGUUCUCAACUGGCUCAACAUUUAUUGACAAUUUUCUCUGUAAAAACGCAAAUGUGUUAUUACGAAAAAACGUUGAAAAACUGCUUAAAUGUUCUUCAAGAAGAAACUAAAGAGUUGCUGCAUUUUCAUACGAAAGUACCCUGUGUUGAUAUAGAGGCAAAUAAUCCGCAAUGGUCAUGGAGUAUUUACAGAAAAUAUGUUGCAAAAAAUAUGCCGGUAGUGAUAAAAAAUGCUUGCAGAGAUUGGAGAGCAAGGAAGCUGUGGAAUAUCGAUUAUUUUUUGCAAAAAAUACCAGACAAGGAUGUAACGGUAGCGAUAACUCCCAAUGGAUACGCGGAUGGUGUGAUUGCUGAAAAUAACACCGAUUUCUUCGCGAUGCCCGAAGAAAGAACAAUGAGAAUGUCCGAGUUCUUGAGCAAUAUGACCGCCCCUAAGAAAAACUUUGUAUGUUACAUUCAAAAGCAGAAUUCAAAUCUCUUGGAGGACUUCAAAGAGCUAAUUAAUGAUGUAGACAUCGAAUUAAAGUGGGCCAAGGACAUUUUUGCUAAAAGUCUAGACGCCGUGAACUUCUGGAUGGGAGAUGAAAGAGCAGUUACAAGCAUGCACAAAGAUCCCUAUGAGAAUAUCUACUGUGUAAUUAGUGGAUAUAAGGAUUUUAUACUAAUUCCACCGACAGACUUGCCUCACGUACCUUACAAAUAUUAUCCAGUUGGGACGUUUAAAAAUGUUAGUACGGACCACUACGAAAUUGAACCAAAAUUAAGAAAUGGUGGCGGCGAUUGUGACCAUUUCAUACCAAAACCACAAAUUAGAGGUUGUCAAGAAAUAGAAACCAAAUUGGAAAAUUCCAAAUAUGAAAUGUUAAAUUGGGUAUCCAUCGAUCCUUCAAGACCAGACACAGACUUAUACCCACAGUUUAGAAAUGCGAACGUUUAUAAAGUUAGAAUAAAUGAAGGGGAUUGUUUAUACUUGCCUAGUUUGUGGUUUCACCAUGUACAACAAAGCCAUGGUUGCAUCGCUGUAAAUUAUUGGUACGAUAUGGAUUUUGAUUUAAAGUAUUGCUAUUAUAAAAUGUUGGAAUGUUUAUCUACAUAAACCUACAUACUGUGUAGUU